AUGUCUCAACGUCUUGGUUCUUUUUCGUAUGAAGAAAAAUGCAAUUUAAAAGGUAAGAGACCAACGCCACAUUUAUCAUUAGAAUAUAAAGAAGCAAAAACUUUAAGAAAAUUUCAAUUGUCUUGGUAUUCAAAAUUUAACUGGUUAGCAGGAAGCGUUGAAAGAAAUAAAUUAUUCUGUUACAUAUAUGUCUUGUUCAGAGGAGAGAAUGAGUGGAGUAUAAAUGGCAUUCCUAAUAUUAAAAAUUUAGUUCGUAAAGCUAAAAAACACCAAAUUUCAAAAAAAAAUCUGACUAACAAGGAAAGUUUUCAUAUGCUGGGUAAAAAUAGGAUUGAACAUUCAAUAUCUGAGAGUCGUCGGUUAACUGCAAUUAAUCAUAAUAAACAAGUGGACAUAAACAGAAAGAUAUUAACUCGUUUAAUCGAUGUAGUUUGUUUUUUAGGGAAACAAGAAUUGGCAUUCCGCGGACAUCGCGAGAAUGAAGGUUCUUUAAAUAAAGGAAAUUAUUGUGAAAUUUUAGAUUUACUUGCUAAGGAAGAGCAAUUUAUAAGAGAACACUUUUGCACAAAUUCUGUUUUUAAAGGAACUUCACACGACAUACAAAAUGACUUGAUCCAUUGCGUAACUACGGUAUUAAAUUCUCAUAUUUUAAAAGAACUGAAAAUUACAAAUUUUAUAUCAAUACAAGCCGAUGAAACUACAGAUGUAUCAUGCCAAUCUCAAAUGAGUUUAAUUUUUCGUUAUAUUCUGGACAAUAAGAUCGAAGAAAGACUUAUAGGAUUUUUUGAUGUUUCUAAAAAUAAGACUGCGGCUGGUUUAUCCGAAGUAAUUCUAAAUGAACUUUCAAAGUGGAAUAUUGGUAAAAAAGUUGUGUGUCAAACAUAUGAUGGUACUUCUGUUAUGGCUGGUGAAAAAAAUGGGGUUCAGUCAAUUAUACAAAAUAUUUAUCCAAUGGCUAUUUUUAUACAUUGUUACGCUCAUCAAUUGAAUUUAGUUCUACUUCACGGCGCAAAAUCAAUAAAAGAUGUUAAAUUAUUUAUAGCAAACCUUACUAUGUUCCACACAUUUUUUAGUAGAUCUUCUAAAAGAAGUUCUUUAUUAAGAGAGCAAGGAUUUAAAUUACCAAAUCAAUGCAAUACACGUUGGAAUUAUCAUUCAAGAGCUGCUUUAACUAUAAAAACUCAUUUCAAUGAACUAAAAAAUGCCGUAUCUCAUGUAGUUGAUGACCCUGGCUGGAAUUCCAAUUCUGUUUGUACUGCAUCUGGUAUAUUGAGUAUUAUGAACAAUCGAAAAUUUGUUUACUUAUUGAUGAGCUUCAAGAAGUACAAAAAGUACUAA